UUAAAUUAUCCGAGCUGUAUGAGAGAGCGCAGCAGAAGGUAGCUUCACCUCUCUCAGUUCUGGAGAGGCUUUAAUCUGGGUACGGAGAGAGCUGCCGUCCUGGUGCGGCAGCUCUGCUUCCGGGUCAGGCUGUGACGCAUGCGCAGAGAGUUGGGUCUGGUUUGUUCCUCUCCCAGCGUUUUGGGAGACUUAAGGGUUUGGAGAUCCAAAGCAGAGGAUCACAGUACACCCGCGAAAGGCGCCUUCUUCGGGACCGAGGGACACAGCGAAGAUUAUCCGGCCCAAGCCGACCCGAAACCGCUUGAGCGACGGCCAUGGCGGCUCUACAGGGCCCCGGCAGCCAGAAUGUCACCGAGUAUGUCGUCCGGGUCCCCAAGAACACAACCAAAAAAUACAACAUAAUGGCUUUUAAUGCAGCUGAUAAAGUCAACUUUGCUACCUGGAACCAGGCCCGCCUGGAGCGAGAUCUGAGCAACAAGAAGAUCUACCAGGAGGAGGAGAUGCCAGAGUCCGGCGCAGGCAGCGAAUUCAACCGCAAGCUCAGGGAGGAGGCACGCCGGAAGAAGUACGGCAUCGUCCUCAAGGAGUUCCGGCCUGAGGACCAACCAUGGCUCCUCCGUGUCAAUGGCAAAUCGGGCAGGAAGUUCAAGGGCAUAAAGAAGGGCGGGGUGACAGAGAACACGGCCUACUACAUCUUCACACAGUGUGCCGACGGUGCCUUCGAGGCCUUUCCCGUGCAGAACUGGUACAACUUCACACCCCUGGCCCGACACCGCACACUUACUGCCGAGGAGGCCGAGGAGGAGUGGGAAAGGAGGAACAAGGUCUUGAACCACUUCAGCAUCAUGCAGCAGCGGCGGCUCAAGGACCAAGACCAGGAUGAAGAGGAGGAGGAGAAGGAGAAGCGUGGCCGAAAGAAGCCCAGUGAGCUGCGCAUCCAUGACCUAGAGGACGACCUGGAAAUGUCCUCCGAUGCCAGCGAUGCCAGUGGCGAAGAGGGCAAUAGAACCUCCAAGGCUAAGAAAAAGGCCCCACUGACCAAGGCAGGCAGGAAGAAGAAAAAGAAGAAGGGCUCAGAUGACGAGGCCUUUGAGGACAGUGACGAUGGGGACUUUGAGGGCCAGGAGGUAGACUACAUGUCUGAUGGCUCCAGCAGCUCUCCGGAUGAGACGGAGGGCAAGCCCAAAGUGCCCCAGCAGGAGGAUGGUCCCAAGGGUGUGGAUGAGCAGAGUGAGAGCAGUGAGGAGAGUGAGGAGGAGAAGCCCCCUGAGGAAGACAAGGAGGAGGAGGAAGAGAAGAAGGUCCAUACCCCACAAGAGAAGAAACGCAGGAAAGACAGCAGUGAUGAGUCAGAUAGCUCAGAGGAGAGCGACAUUGACAGUGAGACCUCCUCAGCGCUGUUCAUGGCGAAGAAGAAGACACCCCCCAAGAGGGAGCGGAAGCCAUCAGGGGGAAGCUCAAAGGGCACCAGCCGGCCUGGAACUCCCAGCGCAGAAGCUGCAAGUACCUCUUCCACCCUGCGGGCUGCAGCCAGCAAGCUGGAGCAGGGGAAGCGGACAAAUGAGACUCCAGCAGCCAAGCGUUUGCGGAUGGACACGGGUCCGCAGAGCCUGUCUGGGAAGUCCACACCCAGCGGCGGUGACAUCCAGGUGACAGAGGAGGCUGUGCGCCGCUACCUGACCCGCAAGCCCAUGACCACGAAGGACCUGCUGAAAAAGUUCCAGACCAAGAAGACCGGGCUGAGCAGCGAGCAGACCGUGAAUGUGCUGGCCCAGAUCCUCAAGCGCCUCAACCCCGAGCGCAAGAUGAUCGCUGACAAGAUGCACUUCUCCCUCAAAGAGUGACACCAAUAAAGAGAACAGACCCAG